UCAAAAGUAGGGCAAUGAUCAAAAUAGUGAUUAUCCUAGUUUUUUUUCUUGCUUAUGGCAAUAUACUUCUUUCAGAGGGGAAGCUAAGGCCGGGGUUCUACAAAGAAGAGUGUGCAUCGGCAGAGGAGAUCGUCCGCGGUGUUGUUGAAGGGAGCGUGGCGAGGAACCCAAGAAACGCGGCGGUAUUACUCCGGCUGCAGUUCCACGACUGCUUCGUUGGGGGAUGUGACGCCUCAAUAUUGAUAAAACGAGAUGGUGAGGAGGAUGAGGGUUCCGCAGUGGGAAACGCAGGAGUGGGAGGAUUUGAAAUCAUCGAUGAAGCCAAAUCUGCCACUGAGAAGGUGUGUCGAGUUGUGUCUUGCGCUGACAUCGUUGCUGCUGCUAGAGACGCUGUCGUUACGGCAAGAGGACCUUAUUAUGAGGUCCCAACAGGUCGGAGAGAUGGCCUGACAGCUGAGAAGUCAAAGGCAGCUAACUUGCCAGAUCCUCAAGAGUCCAUCGAGACGUUAAAGUCGAAGUUCAGAGAGAAGGGCCUUUCAGAGAAAGACCUUGUCGUUCUCAGUGCUGGUGCACACACAAUAGGCACAGUCGCCUGUUUCUUUGUCACACAGCGACUGGACUCUGAAGAUCCCACCUUAGACCCAGCCUUCUUCAAAAUGCUGAGGUCGACAUGCCCCCAAGGUGGGGAUGUCAAUGUGAGACUUCCCCUGGACUUGGGAAGCUCAUUGACAUUUGAUUGGCAUAUCUUCCACAACAUCAAAAAGGGAAGAGGAGUCAUCCAGUCUGACGCUGCGCUGUAUCAAGAUAGGGACACAAAGAAGAUCAUCGAUUCCUUCUUGACUUUCAAGGAUCAUUUUUUUCCGGAGUUCACUAAAUCGAUGGUGAAGAUGGGAUCGAUAGGAGUGAAGGUUGGUGUCGAGGGAGAAAUCCGACACCAAUGUAACACCACAAACUAAAAUUUCUAUUUAAAUAAAAUCCGUUCUCUAUGUAAUUUGUAUGUUUGAUCUAAAUUUAUAAUCAAUAAAAUGAUAUGUUAUGGUUCAA